AUGGAUGAUCAAGUAUGUGACUUACUUAGCGAAGUUGAUGAAAAUUUUAACAAUAGAGGUGUCAAUGUGGUCAAAUUUAAUAAUUUUACGAAAUGCCAUUCUUAUUGUCCUUAUCAAAAUGGUUCAAAAGAAAAUAAAUGCACAAAUAACUAUGAAAGAAUUAACGCUUUGGGAGAAUAUUUAUUUACCAAAAUUAGUGAAAUUGAUAUAGCUUAUGAAAAGAAAUAUGGUACCAGCCAGAAUAUUGAGAUUUUUAUGAUAUGGCUAGGCGGUAAAUUAUUUAAGAUGGAUAACGACUAUAAAGAAACUCUGGAAGAGUCUUAUAAAAAGCAUUUAGAGAAACAUAUGGGGAAUUUAGAUUAUUGGAAAGCUAUAAAUAGUAAAAGUAUAUAUAAGGAUGCUACUAUUAGAAAAAUGGAUGAAGCGUAUAUCUUACUUAACAAUAUAUGUAAACUAAUUACUGAAUACAAUAAAAAUCCCCAAAAUCCUGAUAGAAGACGUCUUGGAAAACUGUUCACUCAAUGUCUUAACUCCUAUAGAAGCUUUUAUAGGUCUGCUAGCGGAUGUAAACCAUAUCUACGUUUAUUGGAUAGUUUAAAAAUGAUGUAUGAAAUUUUUAGAUCGCAAAAAAUUGUUAAUAAUAAUCUUCAGGGUAAAGAUAAAGAUUUAUUAAUUAAUCGUGUUAAUCAUCUUACAAUGUUUAGAGAUGAAAAUCAAUUAUUUCUGUCUGUUAAUGAAAAAGUUAGUUUUGGCGAUAAAGAGUGUAUAGGAGUGAAAUCGAAGGAUGAACAAAUUGGAGAAAAAAUUUUACAGAAUAAGGCAAAAGAUACUGUAUUACCUAAAAAACCUGACAAAGGACCACAAGGAAAACAAACACUUCGAGCACCUGCAGAACUACCACCAACACCACGACCACAGCCAAAGCCACAACCACAACCAAAAGCAAAACCAGUAGCUGUAAAACCAGCAUCACCGCCACAAUCAUCAACUUCAACACCUUCACAAACGGAUAAUGAAUUAAAAACACCUAAAGCAGGGAAACCCCAUCAAAAUGGGGCAGGAGGUACAGUUAAUGGAGGAGGUAGUGUACAAGGUAAUCAAGGAAGUAAAAGUGGUGCAGCUGGUGGAAAAGGAGGUUCAAGUGGUGGAGCAGGUGGGGGAAAAAGAGAUGUAGGUAGUGUACAAGAUGAUCAAGGAAAAUCAUCUGGUGGGACAGGUAGUGGGCCAGGUGAUCAUGCAGAUAAAGGUAUUCAAGGAGGUUCAGGUAAUCAAGUAAAUACAGAUAGUCAAACAAAACAUUCCGAGAAUCUACCACAAGGAAAUCUAGUACCUGCGCACCCACCAACUGCGCCAUAUGAAGCAGGUACACCACAAUCAGCAGGUACAAUACCACCAACGAGUGCAUCAACAUCAUCAUCACAAUCAGUGCAAUCACCACCAGUACUAUCAACGCCACAACCUCCAACACCGCAACCUCCAACACCACCAGUAUCACAACCAAUACCACCACCACAGCCAGCACCAUCACCAGUACCACAAGAGCAAGAUUCACCGCCUCCACAAAAGGGGACUCCAUUACCAAAAUCCCAAACAGGAGAGUCAAGUAAUCCAAAUGACCCAAAGGAUUCAGACAAUAGUAAAGGAAAUAAAAAUGGUGCAAGUGACAAUACAGGAGGCUCAAGUAGUGAAAGCAAAGGUCCUGGUGGUGGAUCAAGUGAUCCCGCACCAAAUACAUCAGGAGGAUCUUUUAAUUUUGGGUUAUCAUUUCUGGAAUUUCUAUCAAAUGGAUUGGACAAAUUUAAUAAAGCCUCCGAUUUUAUUAAAAACAAUCAGGAAAAGUUUAAAGACGCUAAGGAUCAAAUCAGUAAUGUAUAUAAAAAGACUAUGGGUAAUUUAAAAAGUGCUUAUAAUACAUCUAGUAGUUAUUUUAGUGAUAUUAUUAGUAAUAUGUCUAGCCAAUUUAAUAAAUUUGGAACCCCUCCUAAACCUGGAAACUCAGGGAAUAGCAUGUCACAAAAUAAUGGAAGUCCAUCAUUACCUCCAAUAAAAGAUCCCCCAUCAAAUCAACCAUCAGUAACUCCACCAUCAACACCAUCACAAACUCCAACAUUAAAUCACUCACCAACAACUCCACAACAGCCCCAACAAUUAAAUCCAAAACAACACAAACAAUCAUCUUCCCAAUCACAACAUAUCACACAUAACCCCAUACAACUUGAUCCAGCUAAUCACAAAGCAAAUACUCAACUGGUAAAAUUACCAAUUUUUAAUCUUAAUUUGAAAAAGCCGUGGAAUAUAUUUCCAACUACAUGGAAUGGAUCAGGGGAUUGUAAACCUGAAAUAAAAUUUAUGAGUGCCACAUUAGUGUGUUGUACAUCUGAACAGUGUAAUUUAACUGGAAUUUCAGUUACACUUGUUUUAAUACCCAUUAUUUUAUUAAUUGUAUAUAAGUAUUUAUCAUUUGGAUCAUCAAAAAAAUCAGAAAAAAAAAACAUGAAGAAAGUUAUAAAUUUGCAUGAUGGAAAUAGAAAGACAAAAAUAAUUAUAAGUUCAUAUGAUAAUAAAAAAGACCUAAAACCGGUUAUAAAUUCAGUUGGUGGAAAAAAGGAUUCAUUAUUAAAUAUAUACAAACUUAUGCAGGCUGACCCUAUGCCAUUUAUUAAUUUAUUUUUUUUGUUGAUUUUUUUUGUAUAUAAAAGAAAACGAGACGCCAUAGAAUGGUAA